AAAAAAAAAUCCAUCUAUUUUUUUAUUGAUUUCAUUUUUUAUUUCCUUUUUUUUUCUUUUUUUUUUCUUUUUUUUUUUGUAUUUCCCGGGACUGACUCCCUAACCACAAAAAGAAGAAGCGAGAAGAAAAUCUGAAAUUAAAAAAGGGACACAACAAGAAAAAAAGCAUCCGCUCUGAACAUGUUCGAAAUAAGCCGAACACUCAACGCCGCUUUGUUGAGCAAUGAGCAUCUCAAGAUGAUGGCGAGGUACGGGCAGCUCUCGGGACUAGCAGCCAGUGGCGUGGGCUCCGUCCCCGAGACGCACUCGCCGCUAUUUCCCAGGGAUCUCCUGUCAUCGCCAGGCCAGAUGGGUUACAGGUCACCCCUGGGGUCGACAGAGACACAGUGGCGUCAGGCAGAUCUUCCACAGCUCCAGGGCUGGGCAGAGAAGGGAUUGCUGACACAGCCAAAGAUGAUUAUCAGUAACAUGGAAGCUCCAGUGACAAAUGGCCCCAGUGGAGGAGGCAACACAGCUAAUGGGCCAACAAACAACAAUCGUGGCUGCCCAUCACCCAUGCAGACUGGCCCAACAAAUGAUGACAGCAAGACCAACCUCAUUGUUAACUACUUGCCCCAGAACAUGACCCAGGAGGAGUUCCGCAGCCUCUUUGGUAGCAUUGGCGAGAUUGAGUCCUGCAAGCUUGUUCGCGACAAGAUCACAGGUCAGAGUCUGGGCUAUGGCUUUGUCAACUACAUUGAUCCAAAGGAUGCAGAAAAAGCCAUCAACACGUUAAAUGGACUCAGACUUCAGACCAAAACUAUCAAGGUGUCAUAUGCACGACCCAGCUCAGCCUCCAUCCGUGAUGCCAACCUGUAUGUGAGUGGCCUGCCCAAGACGAUGACUCAGAAAGAACUGGAGCAGCUCUUCUCUCAGUAUGGGCGCAUCAUCACCUCCCGUAUCCUCGUCGACCAGGUCACAGGCCCUGCAGGUGGGUCCCGGGGUGUGGGCUUUAUCCGCUUUGAUAAGAGAAUAGAGGCUGAGGAGGCAAUCAAAGGCCUGAAUGGACAGAAGCCAUCUGGUGCUGCUGAGCCCAUCACGGUCAAGUUCGCCAACAACCCCAGCCAGAAAACCAGCCAAGCCCUUCUGUCACAACUCUACCAGUCUCCCAAUCGCCGAUACCCAGGCCCCCUUCACCACCAGGCACAGAGGUUCAGGCUGGACAAUUUGCUUAAUAUGGCCUAUGGCGUAAAGAGGUUUUCUCCCAUCACCAUUGACAGCAUGACCAGCCUGGUUGGCAUGAACAUCCCUGGGCACACAGGCACUGGUUGGUGCAUCUUUGUGUACAACCUGUCACCAGAUUCAGAUGAAAGUGUGCUUUGGCAGCUGUUUGGGCCAUUUGGUGCAGUCAACAAUGUCAAGGUGAUCCGUGACUUCAACACCAACAAGUGCAAAGGCUUCGGUUUUGUCACCAUGACAAAUUACGACGAGGCAGCCAUGGCUAUUGCCAGCCUCAAUGGCUACAGGUUGGGCGACCGCGUCUUGCAAGUCUCCUUCAAGACUAACAAGGCGCACAAGUCCUGAACUUUCACAGGUAGAACCAGUUGCCCUGCGACUUUGUAUGCUCCAAAAUUACCCCCAAUACCCCACCUCCACCCGCUCCUUGGCCUCUUUCAGUCACAAUCUACCACAACCAUCCUACAACAGCCAUCCAACACAGUAAACUCCAACUGGACCACAACACAAACGACAAACCAUGAAACAAAUUGAACUAGAAAUGGCUUAUAUCAUAACUUUGGACCUAUAAGCCAAUGUUGCCUAAGUAUUAUAAAAACAAAAAUGUUCAUGAGUUUGGGAAGCUCGUGUAUUAACGCAGGCUUCUCUUUGUUGUAUAUUAUUUAUGUUUGUUGUGGAUGUUAUAAAUGAUUUUUCUCUUCUGCGUAAACAGUAGCAAAUCCCUGUACCCCUUAUUUCAGAGAAGAGAAUGUCUUUUUAGAUUGAAACCUUUUCUCUGUCUUGAUUCAGGAUUUCUUUUUCUUUUGUAAAUCCGGAUCCACUGUCGUUAGUAUACACCUCCCUGUCGGUGAAAGGGAGGAGGCUCUUUUUUAAAUUGGUGAACCAUUCAUUCAUUUUUAGUCUAUUAAACUUCCCCUUAUUGAUUAUAGAGGGGAUAUCAUGAUCCCUGUACUCUGAUGUAGAAAAAAAAAAGAAUUUCUAACAUUGCUUUUGUUUUGUAUCACAGACAAAACAUAAUGUCUUUCCUCACAUGGGUUCAGGGUGAUGGGGUAAGGGAGGGGAUGGGUUAGCUUUCCUGAUGACAUAUUCAGUAAUUUAAGAAAAAAAAAAAUAACACUGUUGCCAAAGAGAAGAUCUCUUUGCUUGAAAAAAAAAUGCAUUUAGAAAAUAAUAAAAAAUAAAGAGAAAGAAGAUCUAUUUUUAUAAAUGAUAAUUAAAAUAAUAAUUAUUGAAGAAUUUUUACAUGAAUCUGGAUUUGAAAAAGAGAAAAAUAUUUUGACUGGCUAACUGGGGGGGGGGGGGGGGGGGGGGCAGGGUGGGAGGGAGGGGGUGCCACCUUGUCGUUCUGCUGUGGUACUUUAUAGGAUCAACGGUUGUUUUUGGGGAAUCCAAGUUGGCAGUGAUUUUGUAGCUGGAAGGUUUUGUGAAAAGGGAUGCAAACUGAGGCAGGUGAUUUUGGUAAUUUUUCACAUAUGUACUAGUGCGCAAUUAUUCAGCAGCGAUACCCAAAAGGGAAGGGAGAGGGGUCUUUCCGAGGACGAGCUGUCCUUAUACUCCAGAGCCCAAAGCAAGAAGACCCUUUGUCCACGUGUUUUCCUGUUUUGUCAUCAGUCAAGUGUGAUUUAUCAGUAAAUAGAUAUAUACACAUCUAUCCAUUUAGGGAGCAUACUAUACAUUAUCUAUAUCAUUUUCUUCGCUCUGCGUUUGUGAACUUACAUUUGAAAAGAACUUCCUUUUAGCGAUCAACUGUAGGUGCUAUACUGCAUUAUUCACAUAUCUUAAAUAUCCAAGUUUGUUGUUCUAUGUGUUGUUUAAAGAAAAAAAAAUACUUCGAUGUUGGCAUUUAAUUGAGCUGCUGUUCUUUGUUUAAUAUUUGUUUAGUGUUGGCCCAAAAUCUGGUGAGACUAUUUCUUUGCAAAAUAACCAGAUACAUGACUUUGGGCAUUGUAAGAAUCACAGAACAAAUUUUUAUUACUUUUAUUUUUUGUUUGGCUUGCUGACUAUUAGGUUACUUGCUGAGCGUGAAGCAUUUGUCAGAAUUUAAUGAUGAUUAGCUAGUUCUGUUAGUCUAGAUAUUUGUUUCCUGAAAAGGAUCUAUGAUGUGUCUUUAUUUGCUGUGUACAAAUAGAUGAGAUAUAUAUAAAUAUAUAUAGUCUACAUUUGUUUUACAAUAUCUACUGUACUAUCUGAGUUGUCACUGUUCUUUUGUUUGAGCUUGUCUUUUUCAUAUGACAAAUUAUUAUGAAGUGGUGGUUCAGUUACUUAGAAAAACUUGUGAGGAAACUGUUCAAUUGUUGUCAUGUUGCUUGUGGAGCAAAAAAAGAUUUGGAUUAACUUUCAGUUAACUACCGCGGCAAAAGAAACCGAACAAAAGCUUAGACUAUAAGUGUAUUUGUUUAUUGGUUUAUUUACUUAUCUAUUUUUAAACUAUUUAUUUUUUAAUUUAUUUGUAUUUAUUAUAUAUAUAUAUUUAUUUAUUAAUUUAUCUAUGUAUUUAUUUGUUUCAUUGUCUGUGUAUUUGCGUGAUUCUGGUACAGGGAGGGGGCGUUUCUGAGCAAAAGGGAACAAAGCGACUAGUGGAGAGGCUCUUCAGUAGUCCACUGCACUGAGAGAACUUUUAGUACAUUUGUGCUUUGUACCAAUAUAUCAAAAUUACAACAUAAAAAAAAUCUAAAAUUUAAGAAAACUGAAAAAAAUGUCUGGAGGGUUGGGGGACGCUCUUCCCUUAU